GAGCUUUUAUGUACAGCUGUGGCCCUAAAAAUCUCUUCAUUCUGAUUUUUAAAACACUCCAAGUUUAGACUUCGUAUUCUUUCCCCACACGCGACGAUCAACAGGGAAGAGCCGAAGCAAAGUAAGAUCUUUCUCUGUGUCUCUCUCUCCAAUAAAAAACAUGGCUCAGUCAGUGAAACCGAUCUCUAGCCCAGUCCCAGACGCGUGGUACCCAACCCUAGCUGUCUUCAUGCUCGCCAUCGGUCUUGUUGUCACCGCUUCAUUUUUCAUCUAUGAAACUACCUCCUCUCGGAAGAAUCGCAGCCUUGCUAAAGAGCUCACAACUGGGGUGGUGGCAUCUGUAUUCUUGGGUUUUGGAUCCUUAUUCCUGCUGCUUGCUUCUGGUGUUUAUGUUUAAUUUUACGUUGACCCAGAUAAUAUUCUGCUAAACAAAAUGAGUCCUGUCUGAAUUUUGAUAUCUAUAAUUGGAACUUCUUAUGGUUUAUAAUUUGAAGAUAACAUUUUUGAUUGCAUCACAUGUUUGUUCUCAGGCAGUGACGUAUGAAACGUGAUAAAAGCCCUACAGGAUUUCAGUAAGAUUUGGUUUAAACAGACCCAUAUUUGAAAAACUUACGACUUCUGUUGAUGUGGAUAGUAACAGAAUGAGCCACUGCGGGGAUUAUUCUAUGUUUACUUAUCAGCGUAUGAGCUUUGGUGUGUUGUUAUUUGCAUAUUUAGUUAGAAGUUACCGGGUAUGAAUUAGUUACCGUUGUAUAAUUGCAUAUUACUAGUCGUUUUUUAAUAUCCAAUACCGUU